UAAAUAAAAAGGCGGUUUGAAUUAGAGUGUUUUUGUCCUGAGAAAUGGAGACUGGUCAGACAGAAGAGAUGGACAUCGAAUUCUUGUCUUCCAUGUGGCCCGAAGACGUUGGAACCCAAGCAGACAACCGGUUCAGCAUCGAGAAACCCGCCGGUGAUUCAGACACCUUAAAAGAAGUUGACAUCGCUGAGAAACGCACCAUGGCUGAUUUAAAACGCUUACCAGAACUCAUGAACAUGACUGACCAAGGCUCUUCUCAACUCAACAACCUUGUGAAACAGUGGGAGUACAAGCAGGACCACGAGGUUAAGCUAUUAAGAGAAGAGCUCAAGAUUCUCACUAAACAAAGAGAAGAAGCAGAGGCCAAAGAGCUAAAUAUCAUAGAGGAGCAUAACUUCGAGACUAAAGAGCCUGAGAACGUUCCGGUUUUGGACGAUACUAACGAUUUGUACCGCAGGUUUAAGCACAACAAAAGGGUUGAGAUCGGUGAGGAGUUUGAUACGGUUGCGUACUGGAAACAGAAGGCGUUGAGUUUGGAGAAGAUGCUUGAAGCGAGUACCGAGAGAGAGAGGAGGUUGAUUGAGAAGCUGAACGAGAGUUUGAAGACUAUGGAGAGUCACUCAGCACCGGUUGAAGAGUUGACUCAGAAUCUCAAAAGAGCUGAAGGUUUCCUGCACUUCAUACUUCAGAAUGCUCCUAUUGUUAUGGGACAUCAAGAUAAAGAUCUACGUUACUUGUUCAUAUACAACAAGUUUCCUUCCUUACGAGAACAGGACAUUUUGGGGAAAACAGACGUGGAGAUAUUCCAGGGAGUUGGAGUUAAAGAGUCUGAAGAUUUCAAGAGAGAGGUUCUUGAAACGGGAAAAGCUUCAAAGAAAGAGAUCACAUUCGAAACAGAAUUGUUUGGAUCAAAGACGUUUUUGAUAUACGUUGAGCCUGUUUACAACAAAGCUCGUGAGAAAAUCGGUAUUAACCACAUGGGGAUGGAAGUAACUGAUCAGGUAAAGAAGAGAGAGAAAAUGGUUAAACUUAGAGAAGACAAAGCAGUGAGAAAGGCCAUGGAAUCAGAACUGAACAAGACCAUCCACAUUACAGUGUUAAAAUUGUGCCACGGAAUGAAUUUUCUUCUGCUUUUUGUUGCUAUGUUUUUCAUUCAUAUUCUCCAUGAAUUUACGCAUUUGAAACUUCGAAGUCAAGAGUAGCUGUAAAAGGAGUUACAGAUUAAACUAAACUUAUCUA